CAUUGUCAGCAGGAGCACCUUAGCAACAGGUCCCAGAGGAAAUGUACCACUCAUUGACUUUUCUCCUCAACUCAUCACAGGUUGUAACUCCCCAGUGUGGACCUAAAGGGGACCACAUACUAAACCUAGCAAACUCAGAGGGGCCUGUAUGGAGAGCCUUACAAACUCAGAGGCCAAAACAACACAUUGGAAGAUUCCUCAGGGCACAAUCUCCCACCAGAGCAAGAGACCACAGAGUCCCUCAAUGGUAUUGCUGUCAUGUUAAUUCCUAAGUGUUAAUUAUCCUGUUUCCACCUAUGCAGAGGCACUUGUCUUCGCUUUGGCUCAAAUAAACUCAUAAAAAUUCUUUACAAGUUUGGACGUAUCUGUGACGGCACCAGGAACAAUUGAAUCAUGUGAAGCAGGAGGAGGCUGCAGAGUUAGUAUCAGCAUUUCCGCGACACCCCUGACUGCAGACGGAUUUCUGUACAGAAACACAGAGCAGACGCCAAAGACACCAAGACAGAGCCUCCCUGUUGCCAGCUCUAUUCAGAGAACAGAAGGAAAUGCUCCAGGCUCAGGACGUCACGCCCUUACACAGCAUGGAGUUGGUACAGGAACCCCUGACAUUUCACGAUGUGGCCGUGGAAUUCACCUGGGAGGAGUGGCAGCUCCUGGACCCCGAGCAGAAGGACCUGUACAGGGACGUGAUGAUGGAGACCUACAGCCACCUGGUGUCACUGGGGUAUCAAGCCAGCAAACCAGACGCACUCUCCAAGCUGGAACGAGGGGAAGAGCUGUGGACAGUACAGCGUGGACGCCACUGUCCAGUCUCUCCAGAAUUCAAGAAAGUCGCUGAUCCUCAGAAUUGUCACUUGCAAAGUCGAAGCCUUCAGAAGAAUCUAGAAGUAUGCCGUGAAUAUAAUAUGUUUGCAAAUAUUUUUCAUCAGAGUGAAGGUCAUUUCCUAUUAAAGCAAAAUCAUGGUAUGUUUGACAUUCGUGAAAAACCUUUAAAAUCCAAUUUACAUUUUGACAACCAAAACAGAAGCUGUCACUUAACUAACUCUGUUGAGUUGAAUGGCAAUGGGACAUGCAUUCUACAUGCUAACAAUGAACAAACUGAAAUGAAAUUUCCUGUCAGUAUGAAAAACAGCACUAAUGAUUCACCUGUUACUAAGCAACAGAGACGUCACCACAUAGAGAAACCCCAUGUGUGCACUGAGUGUGGGAACGCCUUCAUGAAGAGGUCUCAGCUCACUGAUCACCAGAGAGUUCAUACUAGGGAGAAACCUUAUGGGUGCAGUCUGUGUGGGAAGGCCUUUGCCAGAAAAUCCAAGCUCACUAAACAUCAGAAAAUUCAUACAAGACUGAAACAAUAUAAAUGCACUGAAUGUGACAAAACCUUCCUCAAUAAAUCACAGGUUACCACACAUCAGCGAACUCAUACAGGAGAGAAACCCUACAUAUGUAAUGAGUGUGGAAAGGGCUUCACCAGGAAGAGUCUUCUCAUCAAACAUCAGCGAACACAUACAGGGGAGAAGCAAUAUGUGUGUAGUGUAUGUGGAAAAGGCUUCACCAUAAAGAGUAAUCUCACUGUCCAUCAGCGAACUCAUACUUUAGAGAAACCGUUUAUUUGCAAUCAAUGUGGGAAAGGCUUCACUGGGAAGAGUUAUCUGAUUGUACAUCAGCGAACUCACACAGGAGAGAAACCCUAUGUAUGCAGUGAAUGUGGAAAAGGCUUUCCAGGAAAGAUGCAGCUCAUCUUACAUCAACGAACUCAUACGGGAGAGAGACCUUACGUAUGCAGUGAAUGUGGAAAAGGUUUCAAAGCGCACAGUCAUCUCAUCAGACACCUGCGGACACAUACCACAGAGAAACCAUAUGUUUGUAGUGAAUGUGGAAAGGGCUUUACCAUGAAGACUAAUCUCACUGUACAUCAGCUAAGUCACACUUCAGAGAAACCGUAUAUGUGCAGUGAAUGUGGGAAAGGCUUUGCCGUGAAGAGCCGUCUGAUUGUACAUCAGGGAAUUCACACGGGAGAGAAACCCUACUUGUGCAGUGUCUGUGGAAAAGGCUUCCCAGCAAAAAGCAAGCUGAUUGCACACCAACGGAUUCAUACAGGAGAGAAACCUUAUAUAUGUAGUGAAUGUGGGAAGGGCUUCACAGAGAAGUUUAAUCUAAUCAGACAUCAGCGAAAACAUACAGGAGAGAAACUUUGUAGUGUAUGUGGAAAAGGCUUCACCAUGAAGAGAAACCCUGUGAAUGUCAUGAAUGUAGGGAAGCCUUCGUGACAAAUUCAGGACUCAAUGAGGAGAGAAGUCGAAUGGGUGCAGCAAUUAUGGGAAAGAUUUUGCCCACUUGUCAAUCCUUGUUAAACAAGAGAAUUUACAGAUAGCUGCUUUGGGGAAAUCCCUUUUUGAGUUCUAGGCCCUCAAGAAGAUAGUAUGCAAUGAAAAUGACUUAAUGCAAUGAACCUGGUACUGUGUUUACUGAUCAAUUAUGUCAUUAUCUCUUGAUAAGAAAUUACAAAAUAACUCAGAUACAAUCAGCCUUGGUGAAAAUAUUUUAGGACAUUAUAUAGCUAAAGAGUAUUUAUUGAGACAAAUCCCAUGAAUGUAACAAAUUGGGAAAUCCUUAUGUGGUAAGUAAACC